CAUCAGCGGCGCGACGUCACUCGUCAGUCGGUGGUACGCGGCCCGGGUCGUGCGGGAGAUAAUGUCGCCAUCGCGCGCACUUUGAUUCCAUCGAUCGCAGUCGAUCGCUCGUUGUCAGCGAGUCUCUCUCUCAGUCGCGGCGCGAGCUCAACUUGAACGAAGAAUCAAGCGCGAAACGUGCUUUAUUUUUUUUAUUUGCAUUUCUUCGUUUUUCCCCAGCGAUUACACAGUGCUGGUAAAUGUGUUAACGUCCGGCGCGGUAAUAAUAAUGUGUCCAGGUCCGCUGGCAGCUGUUGUGACGUCGAUAUUGAUCGUGAUACCGGCCGCGUAUCGGCGCGAGGAUCUGCGACGGUCCCGCGACUGAGAAGUGCGGCAGGCUGUGCCAUCCUGCGGAUCAUCCGGAUCAUCCUCUGCUUUUCUGGUUCCCCCUCGUUCCCGGGAAUUCUCAUCUCCGUCUCGCUUUAUCUGCCUGCCUGUGACAGAGCUAGAGCGCGAGAACGUCGAAUCUCGGCAGGACGAGCGACAGGCGCUUCCACGAUUCCACCUCCAGCAGCGCGUCCUUCAGCAGUCGCGUGGCGUCAUCGCUGACGACGCCAGCAGUAUCUGCCUGGCAGUGUCGUAGGAUCGACACUGACGAUAAAGCGCGAUUCACGAGAGGGUGGGGAGGGGCCCAAGUUCCGAGUCGGAUUUUGUUCCCGCUGGACGCGCCUUCGUCCCGACGACGACGACGACGCACGUGACCGCAGGGGUUUCCGGCUCGAAUGAAGCUUCCCUCCCCGCCGCGGGUCAUCGGUUCGACGACGACGACGAGAUCGGGCACGACGACGGCGCAAUGGCGUCGUAGCUCGACGGUGCACAAAGUGUUGGCAAAGUGACCGCCGCCAGCACGAGCGAGGAUGAUCUGCACGAGUGCGUUCUCUGCGCGCAGUGCAUGGGCAUGGUGACAUUGGUACAACAGCAGCAACAGCAGCAGCAGCAGGAGGCGUCCGAUAACAGCCAGUUCCACCAGAGGAAGGAGCAGGAGGCCCGCGUGAACGCUGUCGCGUCCGUGGAAGCCCACGUGGUCGAGCACCGGCUUCGCGACGAGGUCGCGCUCGAGGCGGUGACCGUCCCCGGGGCACGCGCGCCCGUCGUUCCGGGCAAUGGUAGCGUUGGAAGUUCUUCUACGCAGUGCAGUGACGUAGACGACAACGACGAUGACGACGAGGAGGAGGAGGAGGAAGAGACGGACACCGAGGAGGCCGGCAACGGCCGCUGGGUCGCCAACCUGCAGCCGGGACCGUCGACAGCCGUUGUCCAGCAGGCGGUCGAGACCGCGAACGGCGACCUGGUCCUGCCGAGUGCCGACCCGUCCAGCUUCGGCGACGUCUGCGUAAAGAACUCGACGAACGUGCAUCUGGGUAACAAGACCUUCUACAAGGGUCCGGUCACCAUACAGCAGUUCGUUUACACGAAUCCCGCUUUGGUGCAGGACCCGCAGGCCAAGCUCGAGUCAGGCCGAGGCGCCGUCCCCAACACCUCGGACCUCUCGUCGACGAGCAAGAGCGGGGAAACCGCGAACGUGCCCAUUAUCCCACAGAGCACGGAGUUAAAUAAAGUGACGCAAUGGCUGUGCACAUGGAGAUGCGCGGCUUUGUUGGGCGCUCUAGUCCUACUCCUGAUCGUCGUGAUGAUCAGCAGCGUAUACCUCUCUCGCGACGCACGGCAGGCGCCGAUUUUCCCGGAAAUCCCGAAUUCGUCGAUCAAUGGUGUAACGGUGGGCUCGGUGCGGUUCGUCGAGAGGAACCAGUGGGGCGCGCAACCGCCCUCGGAACCCCUGAAGAAGAUGCGGCUUCCUGUGCCGUACGUGAUCAUCAGCCACACGGUCACGGACAACUGCUACACGCAGUCGCAGUGCACGCUCCACGUGCGGAACGCGCAGACCCACCAUAUGGGGUCGUACAACAACUGGUCGGACAUCGGCUACAACUUCCUCGUCGGCGGCGACGGCCUCGCGUACGUCGGUCGGAGCUGGGACUACGUCGGGUCCCACGCGUUGGGCUUCAACAGCAGGAGCAUCGGCAUCUCGUUCAUCGGCACGUUCAACUCGGUCAUACCGCCGACCAUGCAGCUGCACGCCGCGCAGAAGAUCAUCGAGAUCGGCGUGAAGGGCGGCAAGAUCGCGAAGGACUACAAGCUGCUGGGUCACCGGCAGGUCUCGAAUACCGAGAGUCCCGGAAACGCCCUGUAUAGCAUAAUUCAAAAGUGGCCACACUGGUCGCCCACCCCCUGACACCGUACUUCUUCAAGCCGA